AACACACUGGGCCUCAUUUGAUGUAAAUUAAGCAACUAAGUUAUUAUCACAUGGCUAUCAUUUAUAUUGAGUGCCUAAUAUGUGCCAGGCACUAUCCUAAGCAUUUUCUAUGUAUUAGCUAGUGUAAUUCUUACAACAGCUCUACCAUAAGUUAGCUUUACAAUUCCUAUCCUACUUUUAUAGAUAAGGAAGGAGACACAGUAAGUGGUUAUAGUGAAAGAUUUUCAAGUUGACUUUCAAGGAGGGAAAUUUAUGAGACUGGCUUUAUUACAAAGAGACAUUGCUCCAAGAAAACUAAUAGUGUUUAUAUGUAGCUCUGUAUUACUAAAGUAGUCAGUAUGGGCAUUUUAUGCUUAUGUAUCUUAGUCCCUAGAAGAAUUCAGAGCACAUAAGAAUCUACCAGUUUUGACUAAUAAUAGAUUUAGAAAAGUUGUAAUUCUCAGUGAAUUAUACCUGAAGCAUAUUCUUAAAGUGGGCUCUUGUUAAAGGCAACAGAGUGAUGGUAAAGAGCUUAGCUAGGCAGAUUAGAAUAAAGAAAUUCUCUCUGCCUCUGUUCUAAUUAGCUUAUCUCUCCUUUCAUAAGAUGCUGGUUACUUCAGAAAGGAAGUGAGAGGUACCUUUGAAAGUACAUUUUAAUUUAAGCUAAUUUAUAAUGGUUUUUGAAUGGUUGUGCAUUCUUUUAAAUGUUUGACUUUUCUUUCAACAAUUUGUUAUUGGGAGUUCAGUUAAGGAUUUUGCCUUCUCCUCAUUCCUUUGGUUUUAGCCUAAAUGAUUAUGUUUCCUCUUUUUGGGAAGACUUCUCUGGGUAUUUUGAUAUUUGUCCUGAUAGAAGGAAACUUUCCGUCAACAGCACAAACUUACUUAUCUUUAGAGGAGACCCAAGAACCCAAGAGUGCAGGUUCUUUAAUCCUGACCAACUUGGAAUCCGUAGAGCAUUCUCUAUCUGUCGAAAAGAAACAGCCUCCGGACCACAGAGAAACUGAGAUACAAUGGUUGCUCAGACGAAGGCGAUCCAUUCUGUUUCCCAAUGGAGUAAAAAUCUGUUCGGAUGAAAGUAUUACAGAGGCUGUGGCAAACCACGUGAAGUAUUUUAAAGUCCGAGUGUGUCAGGAAGCUGUGUGGGAAGCUUUCAAGACUUUUUGGGAUCGACUUCCUGGACGUGAGGAGUAUCAUCAUUGGAUGAAUUUGUGUGAGAAUGAAAUCACAAGUAUAUUUGAAAUGGGCAUGAAUUUUAGCCAGUCUGUGGAACAUAGAAGCUUAAUCAUGAAGAAACUGAUUUACAAGAAGGAAACUGUAAGCAGUUCCUGCAAUGACCAGACCUGUGGCCCUGAAAUGUCAUCUCCUGUUCCCGUUGGAGAAUCUUCAACAAUGGGAGAUGCUGCUCUCAGUGUUCCAUAUCCAGGAGUGGUUUCCUAUGAAGGAGUCUCAGAAAGCAGCUUGGAGAGACCUGAGGAGAGUAUUAGCAAUGAGAUUGAGAAUGUGAUAGUGGAACCCACAAAACCAGCAGCUGAGCAGAUUGCAGAAUUCAGUAUCCACCUUUUGGGGAAGCAGUACAGGGAAGAGCUACAGGAUCCUUCCAGCUUCCACUACCAGCAUCUUGCAGAAGAGUUUAUUUCAGAGGUUGAAAAUGCAUUUACUGGGUUGCCAGGCUACAAGGACAUUCGAGUACUUGAAUUUAGGUCCCCCAAGGAAAAUAGCAGUGGUGUAGAUGGUCGCUUUGCAGUUACUUUCAAUGGUGAAGCCAUCAGCAACACCACCUGGGACUUAAUUAGCCUUCACUCCAACAAGGUGGAAAACCACGGCCUUGUGGAAUUGGAUGAUAAACCCACUGCUGUUUAUACAAUUACUAACUUCAGGGAUUAUAUUGCUGAGACACUACACCAGAAUUUUUUGCUGGGGAACUCCUCCUUGAAUCCAGAUCCUGAUUCCCUUCAGCUUAUCAGUGUGAGAGGAAUUUUGCUUCCCCAAACUGAAGACAUAGUUUGGAACACCCAAAAUUCAAGUCUUCAGGCAACCCCACCUUCUAUUCUGGAUUAUACCCUUCAAGGUGAAUGGCCCUCAGCAGAUGAAUCUACCACCAGCAGUAUUUCACCACUUGAUUUCAGCUCUGGUCCUCCCUCAACCACUGGCAGGGAACUCUGGUCAGAAAGCCCUUUGGGUGAUUUAGUGUCAACGCCCAAAUUAGCCUUUCCCUCGAAGAUGGGCCUCAGUUCUUCCCCAGAAAUUUUAGAGGUUAGCAGCUUGACUCUUCAUUCUGUCACUCCAGCAGUGCUUCAGACUGGCUUGCCUGUGGAUUCUGAUGAAAAGACUUCUGGAUCUCAAUUAUUAGAAGAUGGAUUAAUCAAUGUUGAAGGAUCAGAAGAUUUCCUUUCUGUUGAUCCAUUUCUUUCAAGUCCAUUCAUUCAUCAUGUGCCUAAAGAAACAAUACCAUCCAUGGAAGACUCCGGGCUGCCUUUGACAUCCUCACCAUUUCUGGCCUCCUCUGCCACAUUAAAUCUUCUAGCUAAAGAAAUAACCGCACCUUUUGGCUUAGACUCCUUGGCCUCCAAAGUUAAAGACCAAUUAGAAGUGAGCACUUUGCUUCCAGACAUAUACAUGGAAAAAGAGUUCAUAUUUGAGAGUGGUUUAGGUUCAGGAUCUGGGCAAAAGGUGGAUCUGAUUACUUGGCCAUGGAGCAAUAGUUCAUUAGAGAAGAGGACUGAACCACUGUCCAAGUCAUGGCUUGAAGAUGAAGAUUCACUUUUUCCAACCGAGGGUAUAGAUGAGAAACUUGUUUUAGAUUACAAAAUAGAUUCCACGGAUGAAAUUAUUGAGCGUUCUUCAAAAGAUGGACAUAAUAGGUCCACAGACUUUGUAGAGGAAGAGUCCCUUGGUGGACCUACAGUACCAAUCUUUGCAGAGACUCCAUCUGUACCUCUAAUUCUCUCCAAACACACUUCUGAGGUACCUGACACUGAUUAUUACUCAGUUACCAAAGCACCUCUUCUAUUGGCAUCUACAGUGAUCUCAGCCUCUACUAAUAAACCAGAUCAAAUAGACUCCUUUUUAAAGGAGGAUAUGGAACAAACUACGGAGUCAUCUGACUAUGAAUGGUUUGACAGCAAGAGUUCAACAGUGAAACCAGACAUGCAAUCUUUGUGGACCCUAUUGCUAGAAUCAGAUGCAGUUUGGCCAGGAACUUCUUCCCUAGGGAAAUUGUCCAGAGACACAUUGGCAAGUGCAACACAGAGGACUGACAAACUCUGGUUGAAAGCUUCCAUGACACAGUCUACCAAAUUGCCUCCAACCACAAGCUCCACCCAGCUGGAGGAUGAAGUCAUUAUGGACGUGCAGGAUAUUUCAUUAGAAUUGGACCGGGUAGGCACAGAUUACUAUCAGCCUGAGCUAACUCAGGAGGAAAAUGGCAAGGUUGAUAGCUAUGUGGAAAUAUCUACAGAUAUUCACGCCACAGAGAUGGCUAUUGUGGCUUGGCCCACAGAAGGAGGUGACUUGAGUUAUACCCAGACAGCAGGAGCUUUGGUGGUUUUCUUCAGUCUCCGAGUGACUAAUAUGAUGUUUUCAGAAGAUCUGUUUAAUAAAAACUCGUUGGAGUAUAAAGCCCUGGAGCAAAGAUUUUUAGAAUUGCUGGUUCCCUAUCUCCAGUCAAAUCUCACAGGAUUCCAGAAUUUGGAAAUCCUAAACUUCAGGAAUGGCAGCAUUGUGGUGAACAGCCGAAUGAAGUUUGCCAAGUCUAUACCUCAUAAUAUCAACAGUGCUGUAUACAUGAUUCUGGAAGACUUUUGCACCACUGCCUACCAAACUAUGAACUUGGCUAUUGAUAAAUACUCCCUUGAUGUAGAAUCAGGUGAUCAAGCCAACCCUUGCAAGUUUCAGUCCUGCAAUGAAUUUUCCGAAUGUCUGGUCAACACCUGGAGUGGAGAAGCAGAGUGCAGAUGCUACCCUGGGUACCUGAGUGUGGAAGAACUGCCCUGCCAGAGUGUCUGCAACCUACAGCCUGACUUCUGCUUGAAUGAUGGAAAGUGUGACAUUAUGCCUGGGCAAGGGGCCAUUUGUAGAUGCCGGGUGGGUGAGAACUGGUGGUAUCGAGGUGAACACUGUGAGGAGUUUGUGUCCGAGCCCUUGGUGAUAGGCAUCACCAUCGCCUCUAUGGUUGGACUUCUCCUGGUCUCUUCCGCUGUCAUCUUCUUCCUCGCCAGGACUCUUCAAGCUCAGUAUGCCAGGAGAGAAAGAGAGAGGCCCUUCAGUCAGCCUGAAACCCUCAUAUCCAUUGAGACUGCUGUGAAAUACAACCCCGUGUCCGAAAGCCACACAGCUGGAUGUGAGCAGUACGAGGGGCCCUAUCCUCAGCAUCCCUUCUACAGCUCUGCUGGUGGAGAGGUGAUUGGUGGUCUGAGCAGGGAAGAGAUCAGACAAAUAUAUGAGAGCAGUGAGCUUUCCAGAGAGGAAAUUCAAGAAAGAAUGAGAAUUUUGGAACUCUAUGCCAAUGAUCCUGAGUUUGCAGCUUUUGUGAGAGAGUAUCAAAUGAUGGGACUAUUUGACACCUAAGGAAAUUGUUGAAGAUGCUGUGCAUGUUGUGGAGACUCCUGAAAACCUCUGAACAUCUGACUUGGCCCCCGAAAGGUGCCGCCAACCUUGCUGAAUGCUGUGAGAGCAAUAUCACCAGGAUCCAGCCUUUGAAACUAGAAUACUCACUCCUCUCUGCAUCUCCAGCCAGGAGAUGUCAUGCAGCUCCAUUUCAUUUGUCCCCAGUAGAAAGAACUUGACUGUCAUUUUCAUCUUUCCUAAGACCUUCUAUAGUCCCCUCAGAGACACCUGCCUAAAUGUGUUCCCUGGAUUAAAAAUGCAUCUCUUCUAGGCUAAGACAUUCAGGAGAGCCUAAUUAGAAACAUACAGAUUGACUACAUGCUUCAGUUGCUUCUAGUGAAUUUUCUGUUUCGUUAAAGUAUACAAAACAAUUCAUGUAACAAAUUUAAGCAAGAAGAUCCUGCAAAACAAAAGAAAGUCCACACAGACACUGACUAUAACUUCACAGGGGAUGGGUAUUCAUAGAACAAAGAUGGCAUUAAAAAUGUUAGGCACAUAAUCCAUGCAUUGUUUUCAGUUUUCACUUAGUUUCAGAGUUUUCAUAUACCAGGAGCCCAAGAAAAUGUUAAUGGACUUGAUUUAGCAUACAGUAAAUGCAUUGCAUGGUCUUUGUAGAGUGGGUUUUUUUUUUUUAACAGCCUAACAUAGGAGGACUUUCCUACUAAGAAAGAAAAGAGAAACGAUUGAUGAUUUUAGGAACAUAGCUUGAUGGUGUAUUACAACAAAAGUUCCAUAACUUCUUGCUUUAUAAAUUAAUUGCUCUUUGUUUUUUCAUGGCAGGGAAGAGCUUUAACUAGAACUCCUAUUUUGAAACUGAUUAGAAGCCUAGAGAAGAUGGAGAUCGCUUGUUACCCAUGUCAUAUAAUUAACCUGGAUUUUGAACUCUGUUGGAUGGAGAGUUUUCUUAAAAAAAAAAAAAAAAAUUGGAGGCACAUUUUUUCCAGCUUAAAUUUUUGGAAUGUAAUGAGAGAUGUGAUAAUCUUUAUACUUGUAGGUAUUUAAAGAAAUUCAAAUCUGCAUGAGUUCUGAAAAGUAUUUGUAGGAAAAAAGUCCAGCCUGGGAGUUAGGAUUGCACUUGCUAUCUGCCUCAGAAUCUUUGAGUGCAUUUCUUAAAAACUGUGCCUCAGGUUUCUCAGCAGGAAAAUAAGGUGAGAGUCUUAUAAAAGAAGUCAGGUUCAAUGAAUGAAUACUUUGUAGCAUAUUUGUUAUUGUCAGGUGGAAUGGGAAGCCUUGGAGUAGUCUUAAUGUAGUUUACAGUCAGACAUUCAUUUAAAUAACAUGUUGAGUUUUUUUUUUUUUAGGUCAAACUGCUGAAGAAAAAGCAACCUUUUUGCUGCAGUAGACAGUUAGGGUUACACUUUGGGCUUCUACCAGAGUUUUGAAUUUCCUGAACACAUAAAUCGAGAUCACAUGAUUGUUAUGCUGAGUAUAUCAAUAUCCGAAUUUUUCAGGUGUCAGGGAAAAAUAUGUGUAUAAAGUCUAGAGGGUCUCCAUUAGACUACAGGUGAAUUUCAUCAUGUGGACAAGAAGAAACUGGGCUUGGGUCAAGGCUACAGCACUGGGAAUAUAUUUUGAUGAUUGACUGGUAGACUGAGUCAGUACUAAUGGCUUCUCUGACUCUGCUUCUGAUAUCUAAAGAUGUCCUGAACAAAUUCUGGAUCUUCUCUACUUUCUGGUAUAUUAAUUUGGAAACCAUAUUUAACUACCUCAUGUAGCAUGGAUUGCUCUUUAGCAUUGCUUCUCCUUUGUGUAAUACUCUUGUAUCUGAAUUAAUUCCUGUUACAUCAAUACAUGACUGGACUUUUAUUGCAAUUUAAAUUUUUAUUUUUUAUUUUAUGGGUAGGAAAAUUCAUUAUGUUAAUUUUGACAGAACACAGAAGUUUUCCUCUUUCUCUAAAGUGUUUUUUGAAUGGGUAUUUUGUGGAGGGGCUAAGGAGAGGGCCAAAUAAUCGUUACUAUUAAUAUUAAAUUGCAAGAGCAAUAUGUUAUUAUUGAUACAGCUAUUUUAUAUGAGAUGUCUUAAUGUUUUCCAGAAACAAUCUUUGAACAUUCUGUUUUCUUUCUGUCCAGAUGUAACUAACCAGGGAUAGAUUGACCAUAAGAUAAAAUACUUGGUUCACUUUUUUUCUUUCCAACAUGAUGACUGUCAAUUUCACUUUUUAUGAGGAUACAAGAAACUAUAUCUGUGGUCUGGGUACAUGACACAGUAAAGCCAUCAGAAGUCUUCAAGAUAUCCAGAUUUUGCAGCGCACAUAUGGGAAACAGAUAGUGUGGUGUGGGUAUGGGUGUGUGUGUGUGUAUGUGUGUGUGUGUGUGUGUGUGUGUGUGUGUGUGUGUUUGGCGUAUGUGUUAAGGUAGCUCCCCUUAUCGCGGUAGUCCUCUCAUUCCCAACUCACAUAAUGGAUUCUCUAUAAGUUCAGCAUUGGUACAAACCACAGCCAGGACAUUUUCUACUGGGCCCAUUUGAAAAGUGAUUAAUUAUCUUUGAAGCAUUAUAAACAUUAGUGAUAUUUGUUACUGCUAAAUGCUUGAUUAAUUUGUAAAACUUCGGAAGAUUUUUACUUAAGAUUUUAAACUUUUUUCCUAAAAUUCCUUGUAUUGGAUGAAAAAGAUUUUUUUUUUUUAAUCACAAAUUAACUCUAGACUGCAACUCUUUGAAUGCCUGCUUGCUGGAAGAAUUAUAGACGGACAUAAAAGGAAUCUAGAGCAACUCACCACAUGGAACAUUUAAGAGUAGCAUAAACUAGGCCAAAGGAGAAUCGUUUUCCAUAAACAAGCAGCGAAGGGGGAAUUUGGGAAUCCCGAUGCACGUCUCUGUCUCUGAUUUCCUUUUGCAUGACUUCUUCAUGCAGGAGCAAAUCGCUUAGCUCUACAUGAAUGUUUGCUUCUCACUUAUCAACUGGAGGAGUUAAGAAAUCUAUCAGAGAAAGAACAGGAGGCCUCAGUCCAGGAAUAAAGACUUUAGUGCUACCUUUGCUACAGCUUAACCACAGUGGAAAAGAUCAGAAAAUGCAGUUUCCACAGUGAAGAUCCACGACAUACAAAGUAAAGGCCUAAAGGAACUAUCAUUCUGGUCUGUCAGUCUGGCAGGUCAAACUACCCUUAAAGAGCAGGGGAUAUCUUCUUGUCAAAAGAGCUUUCUCCAGGGUAAUGUAAUGGUAGGCAGUUAUUUAAAAGUAUGAUUGAGGAAUGAAAUAGUCUCAUUAUUAGAACAUUCUUGUUAACCUAGCAACGUAUUAUUCAAUGAUGCUAUCACCUUAUUUGAAAACAAUAAAAUGUAGUUAGUACUAGAAGUACAUGGUACAUAAGUCAAACUGUGUGUGGUUUUUUUGGAUCCAAAAGGUACUUUGGAGUCUUCUCGAGGUAGCUUUUAUAAUUAAGUGCACAUACACGAUUCUUAUUAUUUUUAUGGGUUCUGGAUAAAGGGGAAUUUUUGAUAAAUAGGUUUCCAUUUUACCAUUGCAGUGAUUUAAUGGCAUUUAGUCACAUUUCUGUGGCCUAAAGUCCUGUUUACUUUACAUAAUGAAACAAGUGCAGGUUUUUACCUGAUGAUUUUAUUUCCAUCUUUUCCUUGUUUUUCCUUUUGCAGUAUCUAGUCACCUGGGUUUGCUUCUUCUCCUCCCCAUCCCCCUUUUUUUGCCACAUAGUGAAUUGAGGUUGAACAACUCUGACUUAACAUGACCUCUGACAAAAAGAUGGAAACUGCACAAAUAUUCUUUGUAGACUCUCAAAAUGUGUUGGCUCAAAUAUGAUACCUGAGCUAGUUAUUAAUUUGCAUGCUUGUUUUACAAGCUUACCUUCCAUUUCACAAUUUAGGCACCUGGUAUCUUGGAGUCAUUUUCAUAUUUUCAACAAAGGUUGCUUCAACAUCUACCAGCCCCUGGAUUGAAUUUACAUUUUGCAAGAGGAAGAAAAGAUGCCAUAUUUAUAUCAAAGGAAACAGCUGAUUUACAAGAAUAAUUUAUCUUUAUUAAAUUGAGAUGUUUUAGCUAAAGGAAAAAAUGGGUCAAGUUUUCUUUUCUACAAUGUUUCUAACAAUUCCCUGGAGGAAUGGGUGGGGCCAGCCUUCUUCAUACCCAAUCCAGGUGCUAUGAGUCAUUGAUCCUAACGCACUCUAUUCCCUAGUGUGUAAUAAAUGCAGGAAAAUGGCGUGAAGGUCAAUGUCUGCAAAUCAAUUGUGUUUCACACAGGAUCCUGGCUGGAAAUGGGCAAGUGGUGGUGGUAGGGUACCACAGUGUAACUGAUGGUGAAAGGAAUUUGCCUGGAAAUUUCCUUGACGCAUGCAUUUUGUGAAACCUUACACUCCUCCCAUGUAAGGUUAAAGCACUCCCUUCAGGAUAAGGUGGCACAAGUUAAAGCUCUCCCCUCAGCCACUCAGUGACAGCUACAACCUAGCUUAAAUGAGUUCCCAUCCUGUUUCUGUUUUUUUUUUUUCUUCCUUAGAUUUUCUUACUUUUUUAGAGAUUAAGGGCAUAAAUAGGAAAAAAAGUAACCAUGGUACCCGAGAAUAUAGGUAUAAUUAUUUAUAUACUGAGACUAUGUGAUGAUUCUUAAACAAUAAUAUACCUACCAUGUUGUAUGUUCAAUAUUCUGAAGUAUGGCUAAGAAAGGACGUUUCUUUUUUCACCUUGUAUAUAAUGAUAUUUUACCCAAAGUAUGGAUCAGAUCAAUUAAUGUUAUUUUCUUGAAUUUUUCUAGUCUCAACAUUGCCUAAUUAGAAAUAGAAAUUUAAGUCUUUCAUGUAUAUGUAA